AUGGCCCUACCAGGCGAGCGAUUCCACGUGUUAGCCCAACUCGAACAUCUCCAAUCAAAAUACACCGGCACCGGCCAUGCCGAUAUGAAUCGACACGAAUGGAUCGUCAACCAACAUCGCGACACGAGAGCCUCGCAAAUGUCUCACCCAGGAAUGACGUCGUUCAUUGCGAUUGUCGAGAAUGAGAGUCGCGCGCGGACAAGAUUCAAUUUGCUGAAUCGAAUGAUUCAACCGUGCGGACCACCACCUGAUAAAAAUCCACUUGAUGAUGUUUGA